CGUCAGUGUCACAAACGUCAAAUGCAACAGCAAUUUUUACUUUUGCAAUUGCAAAUUGAAAAGUUAUUUCAUAUUUUUUGUCUUUUGUAAUAUUAAUAAAAUGGAUGGUAUAUGUAGCUACAGUACAUUUUUAGGGGCUCACAAGCCCCAACUAGUGCUCUCGGGCGUCCCAGAAAGUUUUUGGCCAACUUUAUGUAAGAAACUUAAGGAUCAAAUAUUCGAUUCUGGUGCAUCGUUUCAGUUGGUGAAAAUUGACUACGAAGAUGUUGAGAGAGAGCCAUACGAUCCUCUCUGGAGCGUGAUCGCAAUUAGAGACAUAGACAGAACAGAUUCUAGUCAUAUUUAUCUUAUCGACCACGCAUGGACUUUUAAAGCUAACAGCAUUCGAAAUAACCUAAGAAAUGUGCCGGUUCUCCUAGAAAGAAUGUGUAAUCUUAUGCAGAUCACUUCUGAAACAACAGAGGAACAAAUAGAUGAAGUGACAAAGUAUGUUUGGAAAUAUGCCAAUACAUAUGCUGUUGAGAGUGAAGCUUUAUCUGUCGAAGAUAGAGUGCCAGUGUGGUAUGUAAUGGAUGAACUAGGUUCAGGAAUCACUCACUCGGACAACCCAAACUUUCGCAUGGUGCCUUUCAUGUAUGUCCCGGAACAACUCACUUAUACAUUACUUUUCCCUAUUGAGAAUGUAGAUGAAGGAGACAUUGUCACAAGAAACUUUGUGGAAGGCCAGUACUCUGAUCCAUUACAGAGAGAGGCUAUGCUUAUUCCCUGGAGAUAUUAUGAGCAUUUUGAUGAAAGUUUCAGUCAAGUGGAGCCAGAUGUAGAGUAUUUUUUAUCAGGACACAUAGUUGAAACACUUCCAGCAUUAGAGCUGUUGCAAAAUCAAAAUCUGCCAAACAAAUUGAAAGUAUAUGCAGAGUAUGAAUACAUUAACCAGUAUUUGACUGCGCCAGAAUUUGAAAUUGUGGAAAAUGAAAAUGAUGCAGAUAUCUUAUGGUACAUUAAUCAUUUUAAGACUUUCAAGGAAUUAAGUGAGCACUCACCACAUAAAUUCAUAAAUCAAUUCCCAUUUGAAUAUGUUGUCACAAUAAAGGAUCUGUUAGCAGUUGUUGCUAGGAGACUACAGAAAUCCAAUGAUGAGAGCAAUGAACUUGAAACUUUACCUGCUUGGUUGCCAACAACAUUUAACAUGAAAACAGAACUACCUAAAUUAGUGGCAUAUUACAUGCAAAGAAGAUCACAAGGCUUAGAUAAUCAUUGGAUCUGUAAACCAUACAAUCUUGCCAGAGGUUUAGACACAUACAUCACAGAAUCUUUGGACUUUUUGUGCCGUCUACCUUUAUCUGGGCCUAAAAUUGCUCAAAAAUAUAUUGAAAACCCUGUGCUGUUUGAUAGACCGGACAUUGGAAAAGUUAAGUUUGAUAUUCGUUAUGUGAUUUUAUUGAAGUCGGUGAAUCCUACUGAAGUUUAUAUUUAUAAUAACUUUUUCUUGCGAUUUUCAAACAAAGCUUUUGCAAUGGAAAACUUUGAUGAUUAUGAAAAACAUUUUACUGUGAUGAAUUAUACACAAGGUGUAUCGCUAUUUAGACUACUGUGUAAAGAGUUCAAAGACGCUUGGUCUAACCAAUAUGCAAACUAUGAUUGGGCCACUGUAGAAAACUCUAUAUUCAAAAUGAUUUCUGAAUUGUUUACUGCUGCUACUUUAAAACAACCGCCAUGUGGUAUUGCGAAGAGUCCACAAUCCAGAGCAUUAUAUGCAGCAGAUAUAAUGCUUAGUUGGCAGAAAUGUAAUAAAGACGAACUUAUACAACCAAAGCUACUUGAAGUGAAUUGGAUGCCAGACUGUCGUAGAGCCUGUGAAUAUUACCCUAAUUUCUACAAUGACAUAUUUUCUGUAUUGUUUUUAGAUAAAAAUGUUAGCACAUGUACUAAGAUAUUGUAAUAGAUUAAAUACCUUGUACUUGCUAUCAUACUGUUACAUGUAUUUUGCUUGACCAAUCUAAGAGUGUUCAAAUUAAAUUAUACAAAAUGAAAUGGUAAUUAUUUUAUUUAUAAAUGAACUGUUAGUAUGAUUUGCAUGCUCACAAUUAUUCAAGUGUCCAUUUUACUUUGGCAUUGUACUUUUUUAAUACUCAAAAUUGAAUUUUAGAGAGUGCAAAUCUUAUACUAAGGGCGUAGAAGAACAAUUGUAUCACUAAAGAUUGCUUGAUUUGAUAUUGUAUUACCUACUAGCAUAAAUAUAAAUAAUGUUAAUGGAAAUAUUAAUUUUUUUGCAAUAUCCUUCUGUCAUCGUCUUGUAUUGAUCCAAAAGGAUUGUCAUCAUCUACAUCUCUGUGACUCAGCAAUAGUAGGAUUACAAGAACAGCAACAACCACAAAAAACAGGAUCCAGUAUCUUCUAUAAAUGCCACCAGCUCUUCUUGCUUGGGAUGAUGGAAGGGUAUUUCUGAAAAAGAAACUAAAUUUAUAUUGCCAAAUUAAGUCAUAAAUAGCUUGGCUUUAAAAGUACUUGUUUUGUGAUUUUUAUAUAAUACAUUGUUAUGAACA